UAUGGCUGAGUGGUACAACAAUGCAGAAUGCAACUUGUGCAUUUAACCUACGUAGUCAUUAAAUUUUUGAUAGUGCCAAUCAGUGUGCCAAGUGUACUCUGAUUAGCGCUUUUUUGUACGUAGAAUUAAAGAGAACAACUGACUGAUCGAUUCUCAUUGCUCAAAUGGUCUGUCGUCAGCGCAACGCCGGUCCUUAAAUUUUUUACAUUUCGCUGUUUACUUGUGACUGUUUACUCUGGAACGGAAUAUGCAGAAAAUUCCCUUUGUACUGACAGAAUGGCAAGAGCUCAACUCUCUACUUUAUGCACCUCUCAGUGCAACCAAAAGAGUACAGUAUACUUGUUUGGCUGUAUCGAUCAACUAUAUUGUUCUUGGUGCUACUAGUGGGAGUGUCUAUUUAUUCUCCAGAGAACCCUGUGUUUUCCAACAGCUGAUCCCAUUACUGGAAGGGGCAGUGUAUCGAGCACAAAUAUCACCUGAUGAAAAGACAAUAGCUUUGACAACCGUCAGGGGAAGUAUUUGUUUGAUAUCUCUGAAACCACUUAUCAAACUAUCGACUGUAUCAGCAGAGCAUUUGGGAGAACGUGUCACUUGUUUGUGUUGGAACGAUGCAAGUUCAGAGGUUUAUGCAGGUGAUGAAACUGGGAAAAUAUCGGUUACAGUUAUCUCAACGUUUAUGCCUAAUGGAAUAUUUCAAUCUCCUUCGUAUGCUCUGAUGAACUUAGACUCAACAAUAGUACAGAUACAUUGCACUUCUUCUCUUUUGCUAGUUUCUACAUUGAAUCGUUGUUACAUUUGUGAUACAGUUUUAGAACAAUAUAAACAAAUUGGCAAUAAGCCCCGAGAUGGUGAAUUUGGAGCAUGUUUUCUAAAAGCACCAAGUUCUAAUGGAAAACUCACAGUGGACUCAAAAAAGCCAGAGCCUAUUUCAAACGUUAAGCCAGUAUUUAGUAUGAGCAAAGAAGCACAUGAUACUGACGAUCAAGACUGUCUUCCAAAAGUUUAUUGUGCCCGUCCAGGUUCUAGAAUCUGGGAGGUGAAUGCAAAUGGGACUGUCGUUAAAACUCACCAGUUUAAAGAGGCCCUAGCAAUUCCACCUCUACCUGUUUAUAAACCAUAUAUAGGAAAAUUAUUGAAACUAAAGAAACAAGAUCAGACAUGGCCUGUGCAGUCGAUAAAUUUUACGCAAUUGUUUAUUAUUUUAGACAAAUAUUUAUUUUCGUACACUUCAAAUGGGCUGUACGUUAUCGAUCCCGAAAAUGCAGAAGUGCUAUUGUGGAACGACGAAUUCCCAGGCACAGUUAUGGCGCAGAUAAUAAAUGACAAAAUUUAUUUAAUGACGUCUUCCGGAGUUUUUCACUGUUUAACACUUGUAUCCGUCGACUGUCUAAUUAUCAAGCUUUACGAUAAAAAGUCGUACAAGGAGUGUUGGGAAUUAUGCCAAAUACUCCGACCAUUGUUAGUAAAUUCUAUUACAGAAGAAUCUUGUGAUAUAGAUAUUAAGCAAAACGACGAUUUGUGCGAGAUGCUUGCUCCAAUUAUCUCGCUAAUUAAGUCAAAUUAUAAUAGCCCUCUCGUUACAAUGGAAUCUGGUAUGGUUAUUGUAAAUAGUGGCGAAAAGGACUUUAAAAAUAAUUUGAUUCCACUUUCCGAUAGAAAGUUGGAAGAACGCCAACAGUUGGAUGAGUUAGAGGUCUCAUUUAUCUCAUUGAACACUAAUGGCUCUUCACAUUCUCCUUCUACUCAUAAAAAAUCAAAAAAUGGUGUUGCAGAGGCUAAUAAUAUCUUAAAAGAUAGUACUUCUAAUCAAAGGAUUACCGAAGCCACCGAAUCAAAAAUCGAGUCGGACGAGAUGUCUUCACUGCAAAAUACUAUAAGCAACAUUCAAGCUGACUUAGAGUCAUUAUAUAUAUUGAUAAGCUCGCAAAUGAAGCCUGAUAUGAGCGAGGGACAUCUGGAAGAAUUGAUCAAGCAGUUUAUUGAAAUUUUAGAUGACGUCAAAAAGAGAUAUGAAGUAUCCAGUGCAUUGCAAAAUUACCUCUUUGAAGUUAUUCGCUCUGCAGAGCUUCAUUACUAUAACACUUUACUAGAAAAUAUUCCGAUAGAUUUAAUUCGAGAUGCAAAAAAUCAAAAUGUGCUGGAGCAGCUAGUCAAAAUCUUUAUCAAUAUCAACGCAUCAAAGUACCUCGAAUGUCCCUGUAGUUUUCCGUAUGCUUUAUUCGAUGCUAAUAAGCCGUGCGAACCAAAGUUUUUGGAUAUAGGACGAGAACUUUUAAGAAAAUUAUCGGCAAUUGAACGUGACAAUUUGUGCGUGCGAAUUUGCAAUCAAAUACCAUCGAUGUGGAGAGAUUAUUUGCCGAUAAAGGGAUACCUGAAAAAACGACUUCCCGACAUUUUACUAAAACAGUGCCUUCAAAGCAAAGACAGCGAUGUACUAGCUAUGAUUUUAUUUCCUCUCGAUCAACAGCAGUGGAAGCUGGUGGCUCAAGUAUUCGAUAGCGUCAAAAAUAGACGUUGUGCAAGUUGCGGCAAAACUUACGACGUCGAUCAAACAUGUUCGAGAGAAUUUACCCUCGAUUGGUCAGCUAUCGUCAAUCAAGUCAUCAAAAAACAAGGACCCAACUCGGCAAUGACUUUUCUAUUCAAAGUUGAGGAAAAUUUGCCGCAAGUCGUUUUUGAUAGAAGUAUGUAUCAAUCAAUCAUAUUUUCAACCCUGUUAAAUCAUCACGGCGUCAAACAUGCAAUUGAAUUGGACAGCUCACACGCAGAACACAACUCCAUUUGCUCUCCCGAGGUCAUGCGACAAGUUGUACAAAGCGUCAAAAAAGACGUGGAAGAGACGGUGAACAAAGAUGCGCUUGGCAAUGGACCUCACCACUGGGGCAUGAGAUACAAUUUAGCCACCUCGACGUGCCCGUGUUGUACAUUAUCGCUGCAAACGCCAGUACUAUUAGGAAACAAUGGAAUAGCUCUCUUUCCUUGCGGCCAUGCUUACCACGUGAACUGUAUGAUCCAGAAAAAGAUUUCAAGGUGUAAUCUACACACAUGAGAAACGCUCGCGAGUUAUAUGAAUGAUUGAUAAUCUAGUCUCAAAACGUGAACGCAACAUACACAAAUGCUUUUUUCUUUUACACAAAAUAACCUUUAAGUUAUUUUCAUUGUAUGAACAAUAAUGCGAUACGUCUCUAAAAUUUACUGCGAAAGUAUUUAACUUAUUUUAUUGAUUCGUUACAUGCUAUAUAAACAAUACGUUUAUAAGAGAUUUAAGUUGUUUUAAAUGCAAAAUUUUGCUACGGGUUCAAUAAUUUAAAAAUACAAUUUACAAGAAUGUUGCGUUUAAGUCUCCAAAUGUGUUUGCAAGAGCACCGUUAUUCCGGUACGCAAUUUAAAAGUUUAGUAAAACUAAUACUAAUUAUCUGAGGUAGCACUAAAAUCACAGUCAUUUCUUAAUUUUCUUAAUACUAAUACAUUACAUGUAUAUAUAGAAAUGAUUCGAAAAUUAUGUACGAAAAUAUUAUUGCUUCUUGUGAGCAACAGUAUUUUAAUUUGUCAAAUUUUCAAUUUUUUGUAAAUAUAGCAUUUAGUAAAAAAAAUAUAUAUAAAAUAUUAACAAAAUUCGCUUUUAUGAUUUUGAAUCCACUAUAAUCAAUCACUCUCGUUGAAUUGUUUCAUGACAUUGUUUUUAUAAAAUGAAUAUAUGAAUACCAAUAGAAAUAUUUUGGCUUAUGACUUUUUGAAAAGCGACUUGCCGCUUACGAUCAAAGAUACCCGCGUGACUUACAUCAGCAUUACGAAUUCAUUACAUCGCUGAAGCUCUACUCUAAUUACAUCAAUUUAACUUACCUUACAUACAUUUUCCAAUAAUUCGCAAAUUAUUUACAACCAAAUUCCGAUAAUAUCCAAAUUUGGAUCUCAUCUUCCAAGAUUGGGACGCAUAAGUAACUUUUUAAACUUACGCGUUUAUCAUGAAAUUAAUUUAUAAAAUAUUAAUUUGUAUCUACAUAGCAUCGUCAAAUGAUUUCUAUGAUUUUAUCGAGAUAUUUAAUGGUUUUUAGUACAAAUGUUUUGCAACUAAAAAUAGCAAAAAGUGAUUCAACUUUAAAUACUAAAAUUUGUUGCUGCAUGAUGAUUACUACGUCUCACAUAUUUUUUGACAAUCAAUUUUUUAGUGAUUUAUUUUAGCGAGAAUUAUAUAAGAAUUUAGUCAAAUGAAACGCGUAUGCUGUCUCAGAUAUAAUCAGUAUACAACUAAAAGAAAAGCGCUCAUUCAAUAGUAAUUAAAAAUAUUAAUUUCUCUCUAAAUUUUUCAGAACAGUGAUUGCAAAUUAAUAUUUAGAUAAGAACCAUUACCGUUAAAAACAUGUUAAAUUAAUCAAAUGAUGAUGUGAUUACUGUAAAUUGCUAUUCACAAGUCUUUCGAAAAAAUUUAGAGUUAUACUACUGUUUUUUGUUUUCAAUCGGAAAUAUUUGUGCAAUCAUUAAGUAUAAAAACAUUUCAAUCAUCUAAGAAGCUAUAAGACAUGACUUAAACAAACGUCAAUUGUGAUAAAUUAAGAACAUGGUGAUUUUACCUUGGCCUACUGAACCGUAAUAGACACUUGAAAAAAUGUUCAUUUUAAAAAGAGCAGCUCGCAUGAGAUCUUCCAAUAAAGCAGAAGAAUGUGAAUUUUAUGUAAUAAAUAUUUAUCGGGCGCGGAUUGUUGAGAGUACAGAAACUUAAAGAUAGGUACUAGCACAUGCAACUGACGGACAUGUUUACAAAGAACCACACACAGGUAAUUUUUACAUGAUUUUGAUAAAACUGAAGUAAUUAUCACGUGAACAUUAAGUUACAUUUGAAAAAAAUUCAUUAUUUCGGAGUUUGGCUUUUGGAUAAAGCGUUUUUGUUCACAAGUCAAUUAAAAAAUAAAAUUUAUGUACUUAACAAUUUUGAUAUCGUUUUAAUAAUUAGUUUGAAUGUUAGAACCAUAAACAUUAAUUUUAACGUAAUGAAAAAAACGUAUAAUUAUAAAAUUGAAUAGUUAGUAAUCAAUGACAGCUAACAGAGAUUUGAUUUAAAUAAAUGUCAAGUAAAUGUAGUAAUAUGAAACAAUGCGUAAAUACAAUCCAAGUAUGUCAAGCAUUUCAGGUGUACAUGACGAAUAAUUAAAGAGUCCAAUUAGAUGAUCGUGAAGCAGACUAGAAAAUAAGUCAUCCGCAUUGAUGUUGAAUCAAUGUCAUUAACGUCAACGUUAAAAUUAAAGUACAGUGUAAAUGACUGAACUGGUCGAUUAUAAGAUAAUGAUAAAAUGAAAGUAUGAAAACGCUGCAUCGAAAAUGCAUUAUAAAAGAGACUUUCAUUCGAUAAUACAGUCACUCACCCAUUGAAGCUCAAAAAUACAAUUCUUUUACAUACGGGUCAAUAAUACUCUUUAUAAAUAUUUUGGAAAAUAUUUUGAAAAUCACUACGCUGAUACGAAUAUACGCUGAACGAGAUUAACAUUUAAAUUGAGUCGUAAAACCAUCUGCUUAAAAACUUAUUUAAAGAAACUCGUAAAAGUAUGAUCGAAUUAUAAUAAUGUUAAUUAUUUUUUUCAUUCAGA